GAUUUGACCCCACCCCCCGCUCUUCUUCCCGUUUAGCUGAUAGCUCGCCGUGGACCUCCAACACCUGCUUGUCCUUUCUGCCGUCUCUCCACCCGAAGGCUGUCCCGACAUGGAUGACUUUGACAUGCUGAACGCACCCGCCGCUGGGAACGGCGUGGGCUCGGAGGAGGACCCGGCCGCCGCUUUCCUGGCCCAGCAGGAGAGCGAAAUAGCGGGGAUCGAGAAUGACGAGGGCUUCAGCAUCCUGGACGGUGGAGAGGUUCCUUCGUCGCUCAGAGACUCUAACGAUGGUGCCAUCAAUGGAGAGUUUCAUGGGGAGAGCAACGGUCCAUCAGAUGCCUAUGCAGCAAUUUCCAACGCUGAUCGGCUGCAGGCUGAACCGGAAAGUCUCCGUAAGUGGAGGGAGGAACAAAGAGAGCGGCUGGAGGUGCUAGAUGCUAAUUCUCGCAAGCAGGAGUCUGAGUGGAAGGAGAAGGCCAAGUUGGAGCUGGAGGAGUGGCAUGCCAGGCAGAACGAGCAGCUGGAGAAAACUAAAUCCAAUAACAGAGUGCUGGACGAGGACUUCUACAAGCAGCCCUUCUCUGACCUCAUUGGUUAUGUCACACACAUUAACCAUCCUUGCUACCGCCUAGACCAGGCGGCCGAGGAAGCCAUGAUUUCAGAUCUGGAUGAGAACAAUCCCGGCACCGAGUGGGAGCGGGUGGCUCGUCUCUGCGACUUCAACCCCAAGUCUAGCAAGCAGGCCAAAGAUGUGUCCCGCAUGCGCUCCGUCCUCAUCUCCCUAAAGCAGUCCCCGCUGGUCCGUUAGAGACCACAGAGCUCGUGUGAAGUCGUUCCAUUCCAUUUCAUUUCAUUUAUUUUACUUUUUUUUUGUCCACCUCACACACAGACAAACCAACUACUGAAUCCACAUUUAUCUUCCACGGUGACAGGGACAGCCCAGUGUUUAAACUUCCCUGCAGGCCUUUAGAGAUUAUCCCACCUGGAAGACUUUUUUUUUUUUUUCCCUCUUCACACCUCAGUCUAGUCGGGACCUCAUGUAUUGUGGCGCAUGUUAGUCUUGUUAGAUUUGACCAAAUAGUUUGGUCUGUGGUCCUUCAUAACGCUGUAAGGGUGGUGAGCUGGGACACUAAAAGGGAAACAUUGAUGUUUGUUUGUUUGUUUGUUUGUUUUGCUUGAGCAUCCUCUAUCACCUCCAAACCAUAUCACAAUGCUGUUGUACAACCUUAACAUCUCAGUCCAGUGAAUCCUUCAAUGGUUUCAAACAUCCUUUGUCCUCCAACAUAUCACUUCAUGUUUUCCUGUUAAUGAAGUAUCAGAGUGCACUUUCUUUUUUUUUUUUUUAAAGGACCAAACCCUCAAACGUAACUCUCAAAUCAGUGUGUACUUAGCGUGUGUAGUGUCCCUUUGUGGCAUAUGGUGUUCAAAUUUGCAGUCUAUGCAUUAUUUUUUUUUCGUUCUUGUUGGGGAACCCCCCCCCCCCACCCCCCAGUCAUAACUGAACAGAGUCCAAUCAUUACAAAAUGUACAUGACCCAUUUAUAUGUGUUGAAACCCCAACAGUGUGUGUAUGUACUUUAUGAGUGUACCUAUGUACAUAUACAGAAGGCAAUAUAUACAGUAUAUACAACAUGUCACUGAAAUUAGACAGUUGUGGUUUUAAAGAUACUAGCCAGUUGUUCCUUGACCGUGUGUAUUCAUUGUCCAUUUGAUUUCAAUAUCAGUAAAAUGAAGAAAGAUCUGA